AGUGCGUGCGUGCGUGACGUCAGGCGGCGGUUGGUCUCGCGGCUCCGGGUUGCCGGGUUUCAGGAGCGUGAGGAGGAGGAGGAGGAGAGGCGGCGGCGACAUGAACGGCAUCGCCAGGGGCAGGUUUGAGGUUUUCUCAAACAAUGAUGAAGCACCCAUAAACAAAAAGCUGCCAAAAGAACUUUUGUUAAGAAUAUUUUCCUACCUGGAUGUUAUCACUUUAUGUCGAUGUGCACAGGUUUCCAAGGCAUGGAAUAUCCUGGCACUUGAUGGGAGCAACUGGCAGAGAAUUGACUUGUUUAAUUUCCAGACAGACAUAGAGGGUCGUGUAGUGGAAAACAUUUCCAAACGAUGUGGAGGUUUCCUACGCCAGCUGAGUCUUCGAGGAUGUCUCAGCAUCGGUGAUGCUUCUCUUAAGACUUUUGCACAGAACUGUAAGAAUAUUGAACAUUUAAAUCUCAAUGGUUGCACAAAAAUUAAUGAUAGCACUUGUAUUAGCCUUAGUAAAUUCUGCACGAAACUGAGACAUCUGGACUUAACAUCUUGUGUAUCAAUAACCAACAAUUCAUUGAAGGCAUUAAGUGAUGGCAAUCCAAACCUUGAGCAUUUAAACAUAUCCUGGUGUGAUCAGGUGACCAAGGAUGGGAUAGAAGCUCUAGUGAGAGGAUGUAAUGGUCUGAAGGCCAUGUUGUUGAGAGGUUGCACACAGUUGGAUGAUGAAUCACUGAAACAUAUUCAGCUCUACUGCCCAGAGCUAGUAACGCUUAAUUUACAGGCAUGUUCACAAAUCACAGAUGAUGGUUUAGUAAGCGUUUGCAGAGGCUGUCAUAAACUUCAGUUCCUUUGUGUGUCUGGAUGUGGAAACAUUACUGAUGCUUCUGUAACUGCAUUGGGACUGAACUGCCCCAGACUAAAGAUCUUGGAGGUAGCACGGUGUUCACAUUUGACAGAUGCUGGUUUUACAAUAUUAGCCAGGAGCUGUCAUGAACUUGAAAAGAUGGAUCUGGAGGAGUGUAUUCUGAUCACAGACAACACGUUGAUUCAGCUGUCUAUUCACUGCCCUUAUUUACAGGCAUUGAGUUUAUCUCACUGUGAAUUAAUUACGGAUGACGGUAUUCGCCACCUAAGCAACAGUCCAUGUGGCCAUGAAAGACUCGAGGUUGUAGAACUUGACAAUUGUCCCCUCAUUACCGAUGUGACCCUUGAACACCUGAAGAACUGUCAUAACCUCGAAAGAAUAGAGUUGUAUGAUUGUCAACAAGUCACUCGGGCAGGAAUCAAAAGAAUUCGGGCCCAUCUUCCAGACAUAAAGGUUCAUGCUUAUUUUGCCCCAGUUACCCCACCACCAUCAAUGGGUGGUAGUGGACAACGUCUCUGCAGAUGCUGUGUUAUCCUUUGACAUCAAGCUUUCACCUCAAAAAUGUUGUUCAAAAUUAAUACGGCGAUGGUGGUGAUUUGAGACUCCUAAUUAGGGUAAAACUCUUGGCAGAUAUCACUACACCACUCCAUUACGUAACUGCAAGUCAACCUUGUUGUUACUGGCAAGGAAAAUGGAGGGGGGGAAAAAAAGGUCUAAAUCCAGACCUAGAGUGAAAGGGGAAGUCUGGGGGAGGGGUCUGUGAAUGUAGAAUGAAAAUUCAUCCAUAUUGUUAAUGCUUCCAUUGAAUAAACUCCAUAUAAAUGCUU